CGUGGAGGCGAGUUUUCCUCGGGUCGCGCAGUGGGGGAAGGCGAAGGCCCGAGCGCGGGGAGCGGGGAUGAUCCGUUCCCCUCUCGUGAGCGCGUCCGUUCAGUUAGGGAAGAGGGCAUGGACAGAAAUGCCCUGCCUGCGAGGGAAGAGUCACGUCUCGGAGGGGCCCUAACGGAGCUCCAGGCAGCUCGGUGGGACGCGCACUCAGCGGAGGCACCGUCAUGGUGGGGGGCCUGAAGAGGAAACACUCGGAUCUGGAGGAGCAGGAGGAGGAGGAGCAGUGGGCCUGGAAUCCAGCGGGCCUUCGGAGCCACCCGCAGGCCCUGCUCCGCAUCUCUCUGGACAAAGUCCAGCGCAGCCCGGGCCCACGCGCGCCCAGCCUCCGCCGGCACGUCCUCAUCCACAACACCCUGCAGCAGCUGCGGGCCGCCGUCCGCCGGGCCCCCACGCCCGCCCUGCCCCCCGAGCCCCUCUUCUUGGGCGAGGAGGAUUUCUCCCUGUCGGCCACCAUUGGCUCCAUCCUCAGGGAGCUGGAGACCUCGAUGGACGAGACCGAAGCCCCACAGGGCCCCGCGACUCCCCCGGGCCUGCAGAAUCCAGUGCUGCCCCAGCCCGACCCGGUCUUCCUAGAGGCUCUGAGCUCCAGGUACCUGGGGGACGCGAGCCUGGACGACUUCUUUCUGGACAUCGACACCUCUGCGGUAGAGAAGGAGCCGGCGCUGGCCCCGCCGGAGCCCCCUCACAACCUCUUCUGUGUGCCAGGCUCCUGGGAGUGGAAUGAACUGGAUCACAUCAUGGAGAUCAUUCUGGGGUCCUAAGACACUGACUGGGGGUCCCUCCUCUGGGCGGGCUGGAUCCCCGGGUGCUGGGGGCUCGAAGCAGGGACUGUGGCCCCCUCGCCUCCCAUGUCAGGGUUCCACAAACAGUCUUGCAUGUGUGUGUGUCUGGUCAGCGCGGCCUUCUGUGAAGGUGCGCCUUCCUGAGUUAAUUUAUCUCUUCCAAAUGCCUUAAACAGGACUGCUGCUGGGAGUCCGAUUUCCCACUUACACAUUCUUCUGCCUCUCCCUCCACUUCCUGCUCCUCUUGUGACCCCUGGGCCCUCAGGGCAGAUGAAGCUGGGCCCAUCAGAGGGGGCAGGGAUGUGCUGCCAGGUGGCCAUGGAAACCCAGUCUCUGCCUCUCCCAGCUGAGGGAGGGGGAGGAGCUGGUCUUCUCCCCCUGGGCUGAACCCCUCUUCCUUGGCAGGACCCCAGUCCCGGCAGCCUCUGAUUCAUAACCAGGCCGGACCACGUGCAAUAGGGUGGAAACCAAACUGCUCCAUGCCGCAUUAUUUAAAAGAAAGGCAGGGUUUGUGGUGGCUUUUUUUUUUUAUUGUAAUUUUUUAAAAAUAAAAGUAUUUUGGAAG